CUUUUAUGUAUUUUAUGCUCUCAAUAUUAUUUUAUUUAUGAUAUCUUUUUUGGAUGAUAGUUUUUUUGUUCUCUUGUGUUUUAACUUUCUCAUAGCAGAUGGAGUGAUGGACCAAAGAAAAACCUUACUCAAAACAGAUUGAAUGAGAUUUUUUUUGCGUGUGUGAAAUUUGUGAUGGCAUAAAAUUCAUUCUUGUGGCCUAACUUCUGAUGGUGUUGGCAUAGGAUGUUGAAAGAUCUUUUCCUUUUCUUCUUAAAUGCUUGUGUCUUGUUGAUCAAUAGGAUGUGUGGGAUUUACAGGGAUUGUCUUUUGAGAAGCUUGGCUUUGUGUUUACAAGGUUCACUUUGAAAUUAAAGGUUCUUAAGUCUUAAGAAUAAUUAAACACACACACGUUUGAGGUAGAAAAAGACAAAAGUUUGGAUCAUUAACCACAAGUUUGUCACUUUUAAUUUUUGAUCACGUCUAUUUACUCUUUUUUAUUUUAGAGAUUGGAUCUAUCAAAGUCAAUCUACCACUGACAAGGAGUCUCAAUGUAGGUGGAUUUGGUCAUGUGAUUGAUGAACCCCACAUGUAACUUUAGUCUUCUAAAUCCUAAAACUUUUCUCAGGAGAAAGAAAUGCAAGGAAAAUCAAUGAUGUUGUGCUCAAAUAAUAUAUGCAUUUUUCUGUCGUAGAAGCAAACCAUAGUCUCAAAUAAAUGUUCACUUUUUCCCCUGGAUUUUGUUUAUUUCAGCUAUUCAUCUCUCAUUCAUAGAGUAUUUGAUCUAAAUGCAUUUUAUUCAUUAAGACAGGUUUUUAAGUAUAUUUUGAGCUAUGGAAUCAGAAAAUUCCAAGAGAGUUGCCAACACUAGACAGUAUGGAUUGCAUUUAAAUGCAAACAAACAUAGAACACAGAACCUGAGUAGACCCUUGCCACCUCCACGGUCUACUUAUAUGCAGACUUAUCAUUUUGACUCUACUCCAACUUCCAGUCUAAAUCCAUCCGGUUCUCAUUUUCAUUCCUCCUGGUUGUCAAAUCAGACAUGGAAUACGCCAAUUCAAUAUGGUUCUCUGUAUCAUAGGAGGCCAUUCUCCAAUUUUCCUAUGACAACUGGACCAAGUCUAAUUCCUCAGUCAUUUGAUAUGGUUGGUCCAAGUGCUCUAUUAGCUUCUGCGGAUAACAUACAAAGGACUUCUGCUGCAACAAACAUGAAUUUUCUGAACACAUUUAAUGAGAGCUUGCAACCUAUAACUUGGGGAUCAAGAGAAAGUUGGAAAAGACCUUCAAUCCUAAGAACCAAUAGGUCCCAACCUAUAAACGGGGGGUCAAGAGAGAAUUGGAAAAGACCUUCAAUCCUAGGAAACACUAGGGAAAAACUAACAAGGAGUGAGAACACAACUGUUGUAGGCCAUGAUGUUAACAAUGCUGGUGGAUCUACAAAAUCUUCAUCUAAGAAUUUCUCUUCAACCAAGCAGCAACAAUCCAAUAUGAUGCUUGGAAAUGGGAGAGGUGCACAGGAUGUGAUUGGUAAUGGAAAAUUCAAUGUUGUUCAUGAGAAUAAAAAUACCGGAGUAGGUCGCAUUGAAGCAAAUCCAACUGAGCUGAAUCAAAAUUUGGGUAGAAACACCGAUGAAUUUGGCAUUAUUUCUAAACAUGAAAAAGAGGCAAUUGAUGCAAGGGAAGAGCAUAGAAAAAGGCAAGCAAAGGAGAAUUCAUCCAAGGGAACAUGGAUAAAAUUAAAGUCCUUUCAGCUGGACGAUUUACCAUCAACUAUGAAGCAGCAACCCAAUUUGAUACCUAAAAAUGGGGGAGGUGCACAAAAUGUGACUAGUAUCGAAGAUUGCAAUGUUGUUCAUGAGAAUAGAAAUAUUGCUUCGGAUCAUUUUGAAGCAAAUCCAACUACGCUGAAACAGAACUUGAGUAAAGAUCCCAAUGCAUCUUGCACCAGUCCUCAACUUGAAAAUGAGGAAAGAAAUGAAACAGAACAAAUGAAGAGGAAUGAAAAGAACAAACCAUGUAAGAGAUCAAGGACGAAGAUAGAGAAAGAACGUGAAAGGCUAAUUGAUUCUGUGGACAAUCUUAAUGCCGAAAACUCUCUACUCAGGAAACAACUUGUGGAUCUUUCUGAUAAGUGUGUGAAGCUCAAAGAAGAAAACAAUUCCAUACUGGAAGAGCUCAUUGAGAAGUAUGGUCAAGAAACAAUAGUGAGUCUUAUGGUCGAUGAACAACUUACCGACUCAGUUGGAAGCGGAAACAACAAUUAAGGAUUCAAAUUACAACUUUUUAGGAUCUAUCAUUUUCACAUUACAACAUAGACAUGAUUUUGCUUAUAGAACCCCCAAAGUAUGAAUAUGGCAGGGGCAUUAUAAUGUUUUCAUCUGGUAGCUUUCAAAAUAUUGACAUAAUAUUUUAAUCAUGCCACCUAGUUUGUUGGGUUGACAUUGAAACUUUGUUAUGAAGUUUUGUGAAACUUGUUGUA